AUGUUUACGAUAGGUUACACCAUCACCUCCAUCUUCAAAGCUCUGGGUCUGAGUGGGCCCAGAGACGAGCAACUCCCCAGCAACCUCCUCCUCGCCACUAAACUCCCCCGCUGGAUCUUAGAACCUGGGGACCCUAAAGACAGGGAGCUGUUUGAAGACUUGUUCAGCGUGUAUGAUAACGACGUUCAAAUUUACUAUGUAGCCAGUUUAGCCAGGGCUAGGAUCACUUUCUCUGACGUGGCGAGUGCGGUUGUGUGCAAAAGAGAACUGAAUGGUGUGACACUGGACGCAGACACUAGACUAUGUUUAAAACACACCUAUUUGGGUUCUUGUGACCAGCAACAACUUGAUGUUCCUCCUCUAACCAAACAGUUCCUCAUCUCUCCUCCUUCUUCUCCUCCAGUCGGAUGGGAGCCAGUAUUAGAGAUGGAACCUCAUGUGGACGAGAACUUGCUGGAAGCUAUUGAGAAACUGGGUGGCAAAGAUCUGUCAGGUGAAGAGCUAAUGUUGAUUCCGGGAGAGGAGGAGAAACCCGCUGUCACCCUCAAAAUGUCACAAUCAGAAGAAAACAAAGAAAAUUCAGAAAACUUCUCCCGUGCUGUGAAGAGUUAGAAUUAUUUUGUAAAAAUUUAAUAAAAAUAUAUAUUUAUAUCUAUUUAUAUAGAUCCAAUACUGUACUAGGCUGGCUAACUGUGCAGUGUUUAUUGGAACUAGCCUGUAUAGUUAGUAGACUAUACUAGCCUGUAUAGUUACUAGACUAUACAGUAUACUAGCCUGUAUAGUUAGUAGACUAUACUCGCCUGUAUAGUGUAUAGUUACUAGACUAUACAGUAUACUAGCCUGUAUAGUUAGUAGACUAUACUAGCCUGUAUAGUUACUAGACUAUACAGUAUACUAGCCUGUAUAGUUAGUAGACUAUACUCGCCUGUAUAGUUACUAGACUAUACAGUAUACUAGCCUGUAUAGUACUUGGUCACCUGACAGCCCUAUUAUUACUCUUAUUUGUCCUCAAAAUUUUUCUGUCCCUAGAUUGUAGACAGUUAUAUUUACUGUAUAGUUGCUACUAUUUGUAUAACGAUAUUAUAAUGUUAAGCGAGCAUGUUAGUCCCUAAUUAGUCCCUAAUUAGUCCCUAAUUAGAGAAUAAUAAUUUCAUGUUUAGUUAUUUGAUGUACAUUUAAGUAUGUAAAUUAAUGUAUAGCGAUAGUAACUACAGGAUUCUGCAAGGAUUUGUGCAACUGGCUUUAUAAUUUAAAGGAAUAAGAUUGCUAUUAGUUAUAGUAGUAGAUCUGGAUACUGAUAAUAUCUGUUUCUACACAUGACAUUCUGAGAUUUGAUUGGCUCAGCUCCACUUCAACUUCCAGAUUUACUAGUCGCUCAAUCCUUUUAGUGGUUGCUAGGUUACUGAGUGAUUGCUAGGUUACUGAGUGGUUGCUAGGUUACUGAGUCGCUCAAUCCUUUACACCUGAUCCCCCCCCCCCCCGUCCUUUGCAGAAUCACUUAGCCCAGUAAACGCUUGGACCCUAACAUCUGUUGGGGUCUGAGUCUUAUUUAAUAUAAGGAUGGACAGAGUUUAUUGGAGAUAUGUUAAUUUACCUUACCAUUGCCAUGGUACCUGAUCCCCCCCCCCCCCCCCCCCCCCGCAUUGCCUGGAUACAUAUCCAGAUACGUGACGGUAUUCUUGAGUUGAGGGUGUUUGUUUGGGUUUUCUAAUGUAACUUUUAGUUUCUCUCUAACUUUCAUUAGAUUAAAUUAUUAUUUUGACUUACUUACUCACUUCGAUUUUAUCACUUAUAUUUCCAGCAUGAGCAAGGGUCCCGAAUUAUAAUGACGAACAUUUUUACAAAAAUUAGAUGUUUUAUUUAAAACGUCAAUCAAUUCAUUUUCAUUUUCAUGUUAAUGAAUUUUUACCAAUUAAUCGUUUUAUAAAUAUUUCCGAACAUACAACACAAACAUAUUG